GAGAUCCGGAUCCGGAGCGGCUGAAAGGCGGAAGUGGAGGCCGGAGCCUGGGACACCGCCGGGGGGAGAGGAGCGGAGCCUGUCCGAGCCCCGGCCUCAAGUAACGCCACCGCCCCGGAGCCACCUGGGAGGCCCCCCUCCCCACGAAGUGCCUCUUUGCGUAGCGCCGACCCCACCCCCACUCUCACUGGUACCAUUACGGCGGGACGGGCCAUGGCGGGUCGGGGAGGUGCAGCGCGACCCAACGGACCAGCUGCUGGGAACAAGAUCUGUCAGUUUAAGUUGGUCCUGCUGGGGGAGUCUGCGGUGGGCAAAUCCAGCCUCGUCCUCCGCUUCGUCAAGGGACAAUUCCACGAGUACCAGGAGAGCACAAUUGGAGCGGCCUUCCUCACACAGACCGUCUGCUUGGACGACACAACAGUCAAGUUUGAGAUCUGGGACACAGCUGGACAGGAGCGGUAUCACAGCCUGGCCCCCAUGUACUACCGGGGCGCCCAGGCUGCCAUCGUGGUCUAUGACAUCACCAACACAGACACGUUUGCACGGGCCAAGAACUGGGUGAAGGAGUUACAGAGACAGGCCAGCCCCAACAUCGUCAUCGCCCUCGCGGGCAACAAGGCGGACCUGGCCAGCAAGAGAGCCGUGGAGUUCCAGGAAGCACAAGCCUAUGCAGAGGACAACAGUUUGCUGUUCAUGGAGACAUCGGCAAAGACUGCAAUGAAUGUGAAUGAAAUUUUCAUGGCCAUAGCCAAGAAGCUUCCCAAGAACGAGCCCCAGAAUGCAGCUGGUGCUCCGGGCCGGAACCGAGGUGUGGACCUCCAGGAGAACAACCCCGCCAGCCGGAGCCAGUGCUGCAGCAACUGAGCCCCCCUUGCCUGCCCAUUGCCCCCACCUCCUCCGCCUCAACGACCCGACUGGAAUCCACUCUAACCAAUCGCACUUAACGACUCGGGCCACCACUAGGGGGGGCAGAGGGAGGGGUCCACCGUAAUUUCUCCAUAUCAUUUUGAUCAUAGGCCGGAGUGAGUUAUUCCACCUGCACCUUUCUGUACAAAUACUAAUUCAAUUUUAAGUCUUAAGUCACUUUUUUAAUAUAUAUGAUCUGCUCUUCCCACUUCCUGCCCUUUCUACUGCUCUCCCACUCUUCCUCUGCCGGUAGUAGCCACGUGCCCCCGUUGCCCCAACCCUAGUGUAUGGGGAGGUGGGGGUUGGAGCAGUUCCCCUUCUUUCCCUCUUGCUGAUUAGCGGGCUCAGCAGGAGCAUCCAUAUCCUUACUGUGUUUGGAGUGCGCUUGGUUCCGGGUGGCGGGGCAGGCCCUGGGGUUAGGGAAGGGAGGGGCCGCUCUCCCCUCAGCUGGCUGUCAUCAGGCUGCGGCGCCCCCUCACCCCCUGACUCACAGCUGGGAGAGAACCCACAGCAUUACCACAGCAUUAUUGUGACAGCCACGAACCCAUUGCCCACAGCCCCCUUCCCCCUCGUCCUUGGUCACCCUGACCUCUGGCUCUGAGCCCUGUUCUGACCAAAUCACGAUGAUGAGUAUUGGGGGGGGGCGGGUAAGGGGGGGAGUGGGAGGGGAUGGAACCAACUUUUUCUGUAUUUUGUAUUGUAUGUUUUCUUCAACAUGUAACCAAUCAGUAUCUUGUCAAUAUAGUCAGCCGAUCGAUCGAC